AUGAGAUACAAGCCAACAAACGACCACUUGCAAACUGAUCCUCAACGUGUGAAUCAAGGCUACGUCCUUCUUCACGCUGCUCAAUCUUUCUCAGGACAUGGCUUGACUUCUUGGUCUCCUCAGGGUGUGGCACCUUCACCUUCCUCUCCUUCUUUCUUGGCAGCAGCAGCAGCAUUCUUCUUCUUGCGACCAACUUCAACACCGACCGUUGCUGAGCUGUACUCUGGUAAAAAAUCUGUUACCAGGAAAAAAGGAGGCGGGGGUCUCUUAGUAACUAGAAAAGAUGCGGGGUCGCUCGGUAAUUAUCGUCAGCUGCGGGGUCGCUCGGUAAUUAUCGUCAGCUGCGGGGUCUCUGGCUAUUAA